AUGAAUAGCCCGGUAGUAUCCUCUAACAUUCAUCAGCGUUCUUUCACAAUCACAGAGUACAUACUCGGGCUCCAGCGGAACUACAAGUCAUACACCGAAAACCAACCAUCAUGCACGGCCAUCACCAUCAUCACCACGGUCCCCCCGGCGGCGGUCACCACGGCGGUCCUGGAGGCCCUGGAGGCCCCGGUGGCCCUGGUGGUUUUGGAGGUCCUGGAGGUCUUGGCGGCCCCGGCCCUCACCAUAGCCCCGGUUUCGAGAAAUUCAGUCCACCGGGCACUGGUUCCCACGAUAACCCGCCUCCAUACCACCACAUCGAAGGUCCCAGGUCCAGAUUCGGCGGUCCAGGUCCCAACCACGGCCCUGGAUUCGGUCCUGGGCCUGGGCCUCAUGGACAUCAUCACGGACCCGGACACCAUGGACCUGGACAUCGUGGUCCUGGUUCGGCCGGUUUCGGACACCAUGGCGGUCCACCUGGGCACCAUGGCCAUCACAGCCAUCAUGGACCGCACUAGUCUCACCAGCAACACCAUCACGGACUUCUGGGAAAGAUUUUGCAUCACCGUCACCAUAAACCAUAAUCCUUAG